AUGUUUCCCAAGUCCAGCCGCGGCAGAUACGAGCGCCUGUCUUCCGAGGAAGACGGCCUCGCCAUGCGAGACGGGACAACCGCGGCGCCACCCGCGUCCCCGAAACCCCCGUUUCCACGCAUCUCCAAGCCCUUGAGCCACCUGAAGCCGUCGUACGACUGCGUCGUCAUCGGGUCCGGGUACGGCGGCAGCGUGGCGGCGGCGCGCAUGGCCCGCGCCGGCCAGUCCGCGUGCGUCCUCGAGCGCGGCGACGAGAAAUGGCCGGGCGAGUACCCGACCGGCCUGCGCCAGGUGGCCGGCCAAGUCCAUCUGUCGGCAGGGCGGGCCGGGGCCUGCGGCAAGGCCACGGGCAUGUUCCAUAUUGUGGCGGGCAAGGGCCAGAGCGCCGUCGUUGCGAAUGACUACCAACAGGUCAGAGAGGUGCUGGAACCCGAGCCGUAUCCUCAAAACUGGCCGGUCCUCGAAAAGACGGUGCGUCUUCAAAAGCAGGCGCAGGCCUUUGGCGUGGGGGACCGCUUCUACCGCGUGCCGCAGACGACGCGGUUCCGCCACGGCAUCAGCAGCGCCGGGCUGCCCAUGGCGCCGUCCACGCUCACCGGCCAGGACGCGACGGGCGUCAACGACGGGUCCAAGACGACGACACUCGUCACCUACCUCGCCGACGCCUGGCACUGGGGCGCCGACAUGUUUUGCGCGUGCGAGGUGCGGUACGUCGAAAAGGCGUCCGCGGAGCUCGGCGGCUACCUCGUCUACUUUGCCGCACACGACAGCGCGCGGGCCGCGUUUGCCAGGGAUCGAUACGCCGAGCUGUCGUGGGUGCAUGCGAAAAAGGCCGUGUUUCUCGGUGCGGGGUCGCUCGGCACGACCGAGAUUUUGCUCAGGAGCAAGGCCAUGGGCCUCGCAAUGAGUGACUUGGUCGGACAGGGCAUGAGCGGCAAUGGCGACAUGCUGGCGUUUGGAUACAAUACCAGCCGUGGAGUGCAUGAUUGUAGGGACCGGAAGCAGACAUUUACAGACCGGCAAGGUCCUACCAUCACCUCCAUCAUUGACAUGCGUGAUAAGACUGGUAAUCCGCUCGACGGCUACGUCAUCCAGGACGGAGGGGUCCCGACAGUCUUGUCAACGUUUGUCAACACCGUAGUUGGCAGCCAGGCAACCGUUCGGCUCGAGGACGAUAAGCCCGUGUUUGAGUUCCUCGGAGCCGGCCACAAUGAAGAACGUGUGCAACGAAUACUGACGCCGCUCAAGAAAGUGAUUGAGAAAGACGGAGGCACACUGAUUUACAAUCCAUUGCUCCGUCUCUGGGGCAACCACCAAAUCACGGUCCAUCCUCUUGGCGGCGCGAGCAUGUCGAGGGACAACAGCGGCAAGAGUGGCGUGACAAACCACGUUGGUCAAGUCUUUGCUGGCCAGCAGUCGGAAACGCACGCUGGUCUGAUUGUGGUAGACGGUGCCGCGAUUCCUGGCGCGUUGGGGGUGAAUCCCAUCGCCACGAUUGCUGCAUUGGCGGAGAGGUCCGUUGCCGCGUUUGCCGAGAGACAAUCUCUCGACAUUUCUACAAAGUCCAACGACACCAUCAAUCUCGAUACGCCAGCUUCUGCCCUCCAACCUGACCAAGAACCAACGCAGCCCUUGGCCCAGAACAUGGAACGACUUGUCAAUCCCAUCUCCUUUACAGAGCUUUUGCAAGGAAAUCUUUACAGCGGCACGGGCAUCAGGUUGUGCAAUACCGCGGCAUACGAGCGCGCAUGUCGAAUGGGCAACGGUCGUGGCCAUGUAGCGCGGCUGUUGGCGAGCAUCCAGCUCGACAAGACGACGGCAAGAUGCAACAAGACUUGCUACAAAGGGACCAUUUCUGGUACGCUAGUGUGUCCUGCCAUCCCGGGCUCGCCGUUCAUGCUCCACGGCGGCACCGUCGACCUCUUCCAGCCGGACCCGGACAGGUGCGGGACGAAAAAGCUCGUCUACGACUGUCUCAUGACGGGCACAAACGGACGGCCACUGCACCUGCACGGGUUCAAGCUACUCGAUGCCUCCGUCUCACUCAGCCCCAGGCAGUUGUGGCGGGCCAUGACCAAGCUGCACGUCACCGUAGUCGACGACAAGAGUGGCGGCGAAACAGUCGCCGCUGGGAUCCUCAAAGUGACGCUCGGCUCGUUCCUCAAGCAACUGCGCACACUGACCGCGGCCGGACAAGACCGAGCGGAGCGGUGCAGGCGGAGCAUGGACCUGUCGUCGCACCUUGUACACGAAAUGGCGCCGCACUUGUUUUUGCCGCUGGGGCCGCUGCAGUACGUGGCAACGAAGCCCCUCGGCGGCUUCGCGAACCCGACAGAGCCGACGGCAACGUACCGAAUCGUGGCGCGGGACGGCGUGGAGACGAAGCUGCUCAUGUGGGAGCCGGACCCCGCGCACGUGGCGCAGGACGACGUCUCUGGCGCGCCGGUGCCGACGGAGAACCUGGUCAUGAUCCCCGGCGCCGGCGUGGACCACCAAAUCUUUGCGCUGCCCACCAUUGCCACCAACGCGGUCAACUACUUUACGCGCGCCGGCUACCGCGUCUUUGUGCUCGUGCACCGCAUCGGCCGGCUCGACUCGGCCAGCCAGAGCAGCAGCCCGAGCAGCAGCCCGUGGACCACGUACGACGCGCGGCUCGACAUCCGCGCCGGCCUGGAAAAGGUGCGUCAGCUUCAACAAAGCGGCGCCAAGCUGUACACAAUCGCGCACUGCAUGGGCUCCGUCGCCUUCGCGUGCGGCCUGCUCGACGGCACCGUCCCCGCCGACUGGAUCCGCGGCAUCACCUGCAGCCAGGUCUUCAUGAACCCCAUCUGGGCCCGCAGCAACAUGCGCAAGGCCGCCUUUCCCGCGCCCCUCGACAAGCUUCACGCCGCCGCCGUCGGUCCGUGGUUCCGCUGCGCCGCGUCCCCGGACGCGGGCGCGCGCCAGGCCCUCAUCGACCAGCUGCUGCGGUUCGUUGCGGCCGAGGAGGAGCGCUGCGCCAGCGCGAGCUGCCACCGCGCGACCAUUUUGUUUGGGCGCUGCUGGAACCACGCCAACCUCAACGAGGAGACGCAUCGCCAUGUAGACGAAUUCUUUAGCGGCGCCAACAUGGCGCUCAUGCACCUGCUCAUGCGCAUGGGUCGCCGCGGGCGCGUGAGCACCAACGGGCCGGCGUUUGCGCCGCUCGACACGGACGCCAAUGUCCAGCGGCUGCGCGGGAUACCGAUUUUUUUCUUCUCGGGCGCGGAUAGCCAGGUGCUCUCGCCGGAGGCGACGGAGAGGACGUAUGGGCGGCUCUGCACUACGUUUGGGCUCGCGGCGGGCGGGGGAAGUUCAGGACUGCAAUAUCGCAGGAGGGUGAUUGAGGGGUACGGGCAUCUGGACUGCUGGAUGGGACGCGAUGCCUACAGGGAUGUGUAUCCGAUGGUGCUGGAUGAGGUUGAUCGGGUGGUGAGGGGGGGAGAGUGGUCGUCACUGGUGCGCGAAUAG